CAUGAAGCGAGUAUGUCAACUAGACUCCUCGGGCUUCUAUUCCAUUGCGCGGUUCCCGAGAGUGUUAUCAUCACGAUGCGAAAUGACAAAAAAUCCUAGGCUACACCAAUAACACAACACAUAUGAUGCGUUAGCUCCGGAUCUCCAUGUCUUAUCUGUGGCUCUUCGCUAGAUCAUCGCAAAUUUCGUGUGCUUGAGGCGGUGCCUCGCAUCGCGCUGUGCAUUUGAGUGCAGCGGUCACGAUGCAAUUGCGAUGUUCGUUCAAUAUAUCUUCAAGCGACAUAGUGUCAUCGCUGCACCCAUUCAUGGUGAGAUGAUCGGUUAUCCGAUGGUGUGUUAUGGCCCUUACCUUGAAUAUCUAUCUCAAGAUCCCUCUCAGAAAGGACCGAGCACCGCAAUUUCAGUGAUAUUAUACUAGAUGUGGAUGGUUAUGACAUUUCCAAUUUGCUAUGUGCGAGCCAACAUGAAGUCCAUUUUCCCUACCGUAUUUUCUUUCAGGGCAGAACGUUCAUACUAUCUGUGUUCCAAGGCAUACAGUGGUAAACCUGGAGAAGAACCCUCCACCCCAGUAGAAAAUACUUGGAAACAGCAUUUAUGAGGCAAUUUGCAUCGUGAGACUAUUGUAUACAGUACGAUAGGUUUACCGUGCAAGUUGUCUUUGGCUCUUCCAUUUCCAUAGUGCGAGGGCCGUACUUUU